AUGAAGUUCACCGCCGCCACCAUCGCUGCCAUCGCUGCCGUUCUCCCCAUGGCCAACGCCUGGAUCUUCUCCACCUGCAGUGGGCAGUGGGACGGGGAAGACAACAAGGGCUGCACCAAGUCCUCCUGCAAGGGCGGUGACACCAUUGACUGGAAUAACGACUUGUGGUCUGAUUGUGUUCUUCGUGUCUACAGCGACAGCUCUUGCAGCAACCAGAUUGGAAUUGCAUCUGAUGACUGGAAUGACCACUCUUUGAGCAAGGGCAUGGGUAGCUUCCGUGUUUCGUCUUGUGAUAGCUAG